AUGUACGUGGCAUGUGCUAGAGUGACCACCUGCUGGAUUGUUGGGUUGGGGUCAAACUGGGUCAACGUACUUGAAGUUGAGAUGCCCGUCACUGAUGAGGGUGGUGACGGGUUUGGAGGAGCAAUGACGGGUUGCCGCAGGGGUCUGCCGGGUUGUUGUACGCAGAAUAUUUGGAAUGUGUCCGCACCCUGCUUCUGCUUGUACACCUCAUCACAGAUGUACGUGGCAUGUGCGAGAGUGACCACCUGCUGGAUUGUUGGGUUGGAUUCAAACUGGGUCAACGUACUUGAAGUUGAGAUGCCUGUCACUGAUGAGGGUGGUGACAGGUUUGGAGGAGCAAUGACGGGUUGCCGCGGGGGUCUGCCGGGUUGUUGUACGCAGUGCAUUGGAUAUGAAAGGUGGUGCUUUGAUCUUCCGAAAACAAUGAAAGGAUGGAAGUUAAACGGCAAUACAACAGAAGUGCAAAUUCUUGGAGCAUCCCCAGCGACUCGACCGGAAGCUGUGCAAUAUUGGGUCAUCUCGUAUCUGGCCCUCAACAUAUUUUGGCUCAUCAGCAUCGUACCUCUAAUAAUGGGAAUAGCCAGCAGAAAAUCCGUCAUGCUCCUGCCCUGGAUAUUCGUGACCAGCGCGGUGUGCGCGGCAGAUGUCGCUGCUACUGCAGUGUUCGCCUCUGACCUGGCGCGACCCAUUCGCAACUACAACCAGAACCUGCGCACGAGCUCGGAGCCGUUUUUCGGGAACCGACUGGCGGCAGCCAUGUUCCUUCCACUCGUGUUUGCGCGCGGGGUCACGUUUUGGGUGGGCAAUGUUUUGUGCGUUUGUGCUGUGUGGAAGGUGGUGCAGAGAGUGAAGCAAGGCAAGCCACUGACAGACGCUGAUAGACUGGCUGCUACUUUUGCUGUGGACGACAAAAGAUCUUCGUCAUACAGUCGACGAGUCCUGGAGAUGCAGGCGAGACCCUCGUCAGCGACGAUGCUGAACUCGACACCGUCGAGCAACGACCCGCGGGCAAACACAAAAUCCCAGCAGGUGUACUUGAGCAGCUUCAAUCAAAAUAGGUACCGAUCAAGUACCCUUGCAAAUUAUGAGGACGCCUCCACGUUGCGGGCUUCGGAAAAAGCCCUGAUUAAGCUCAAGAAUCGUAGAAGCAUGCCGCCAUGCAGCGAGAUCGUCAUCAACGUGGACCCCCAGCAGUCGACACUGACGACGGGGCGAUCCAGGCUGUCGAAUGCGGCGGUUUCCACCCCUAACCUGGUGGACGCCACCAAAGAGUUUGACUUCCGGCGUUACGGAGGAAGCACCGGGACCAUGAUCCGGCAUCCGGAUGAUCCGCUGCCAACUAUUCAAAGACAACGUCGAAUGUCAGAUUCAUCAUCCUGCGGCUCCCACUAUUCCCUAGAUCGUCGCGGCUUCUCCACCAAACGAAUCCACCGAGUGGCGGACACCACCUACAACUCACCUCCAACGUUGUUCUCCAGCAUACCGCCAACUACCACCAUCACAACCGCCGCCGAGGCAACCAAUAAUUCCCCGCUUCGAGACACCCAAGUAUUCAAACCCUUCCCAUCGUCCAACGGCAUCCCAGGCUACUCCCUGUGGUCUCCUGACGAACCCGUGAACCUCUCCGGCUUCAUGCGAGCAGACGCUUCUCAUCUUCACCACCAAAUCACAUCAGCAUCAUCACCACUGCAACAAGACAUGAUCAUCAGUCUCUACACUCCUCCGUGGGACGCACUGCGAGGCUCUCGAACCUUUUCCGUGUCCACCGACAUCUCGAACCUGUACGAAGAGAUACCCGGUGAAGACUGGGUGCUUCCCAGCGGCAGAAGAAUGCGUCAUUACUCGAACGAAGACUUGCCUGGUUACUUGGAAGGUGUCGGGCAUCGACGAGAGAUGACGAAUAACAAAGACUCUUCUUUGUUGCUGGCUGACACGGGUAUUCUUCCGUCGAUGGUCUUGACGGAAGAGCAGGAAGAUGUCGUGAAUAACUCGAGGAACAGAACCCUGAGCAGGAUCGAGGAGUACUCGGAUGGAGACGAAGUGUGAACAAACAGAUGAUGUGUGCUUUUCUUUUUUAUUUAUUGCGGGGAGAAAAAAGGAGCUGUAUCAUCGCAAUCAAUGUGCCUGUAUUUUUGUUUUGUAUUCGGAUAUCCGACAAAAUGCCAUGCGUAUGUUACGUGGAGGUAUAAACGUGAGAAAUAGAUUCAAUGUUUGAGAUCUUGAGUGUGGAACAUA